AUGCUUUCGAGAGCUACACGUACUGCAGCUGCCAAGUCUUUAAUAAAAUCUAGAGUGGCUAGAAAUGUCUUGGCUGCUUCCUCUAUCAAAAGACAUGCGUCUACAGGCUUUUUGAAACAAACCAAUAAGGCCGGAUCGUUGAGUUCUAUGUACUUAUCUGGCAAGAGAAGUAGAUUUGUGACAAAUUCAUUCUCCAUAACUGCCAAUCGUUGUAAAUCUACCUCUAUUGAAGUCCCUCCCAUGGCAGAAUCCUUGACAGAGGGUUCUUUGAAGGAAUACACUAAAAAUGUUGGUGAUUUUAUUAAAGAGGACGAAUUGUUGGCUACUAUUGAGACCGAUAAAAUUGAUAUUGAGGUCAAUUCACCAGUAUCGGGUACCGUUACGAAGUUAAAUUUCCAACCGGAGGACACUGUUACAGUAGGCGAGGAAUUGGCUCAGGUCGAACCGGGUGAAGCUCCCGCUGAGGGGUCCACUCAACCUAAAUCAGAGUCUACGCAACAAGUAGAACCAUCACAAGAAGCUGCUCCGAAGGAAACUCCAAAGCAGGAGACAAUUUCAAAGAAGGAAGCUUCUCCUAAGAAGGAAGUUGCUGAGCCAAAAAAAGCCGAAGAACCAAGGAAGACUACUCCUAAGGCAAAGGAAACCCCAGCAGCUUCCAAUUCCUUUACUCCAUUUCCACGUACAGAGACUAGAGUCAAAAUGAACCGUAUGAGAUUGAGAAUUGCCGAAAGAUUAAAAGAAUCCCAAAAUACUGCUGCUUCUUUGACCACUUUCAACGAAGUUGAUAUGUCAGCCUUAAUGGAAAUGAGGAAACUAUAUAAAGAUGAGAUUAUUAAGAAGACCGGUACUAAGUUCGGAUUCAUGGGUCUUUUCUCCAAAGCAUGUACGUUAGCUGCUAAGGAUAUUCCAGCCGUCAACGGUGCCAUUGAAGGCGACCAGAUUGUUUAUCGUGAUUACACAGAUAUUUCUGUUGCUGUUGCCACUCCGAAGGGUUUAGUCACUCCAGUUGUUCGUAAUGCAGAAUCGUUAAGCGUUUUGGAUAUUGAGAACGAAAUCGUUCGUUUAAGUCAUAAGGCUCGUGACGGUAAAUUAACUUUAGAAGACAUGACUGGCGGUACCUUUACCAUUUCUAAUGGUGGUGUUUUCGGUUCUUUAUAUGGUACUCCUAUUAUUAAUUCACCACAGACGGCUGUCUUGGGUUUGCAUGGUGUCAAGGAAAGACCUGUCACUGUGAACGGACAAAUCGUCUCAAGACCAAUGAUGUACUUAGCUUUAACCUAUGAUCAUAGACUAUUAGAUGGUAGAGAAGCUGUUACUUUCUUGAAAACUGUUAAAGAGUUGAUUGAAGAUCCUAGAAAGAUGUUGUUAUGGUGA